GAUACCACUUAAAAAUGUGCUUAUGUGGCUAAUGUGUAUUGGUUGGGGUAAAUUACCCACCAUUCUUCCAUGGAUACCCUAGUUGUCAUCUUUCUCAAAUAGGAAAAUAACACUUUAUCCACAAAAUAUGAUAUAAGAUAAAAAAAACUUGUCCAAUAACAUCAAAGUUAGUCAUGUUUUGUGUUGGCUGAGGUUUACUUUUAGCACUUGAAACACUAACCGCUACUUCUAUGUUUCCUUAAACCCUAACCGCCACCAUGAGUUCAAGCUCCUCACAGCGCAUGUUCCAGCUCAAGUUCGAUCCUUUAACCGGUAACUCCGAAUGGGUCAUCAUCGACGAAGACGACGACGACGAACAAACCUUCCAGUUCCACCAACCCCUUCUCGCCACAACAUCAUACCUAGACAUGCUCAACGAUUCCACCAGAAACACUGCAUUUCGUGAAGCCAUUGAGAAAACCAUCACAGAACCUUGUCACGUUCUCGAUAUCGGUGCUGGAACUGGGUUGCUUUCUAUGAUGGCUUCACGAGCUAUGGGUGGGAAAGGAACGGUGACGGCGUGUGAGUCUUAUCUUCCUAUGGUGAAGUUGAUGAAGAAGGUUAUGCGGAUUAAUGGGUUGGAAGGAAGAAUUAAAGUUAUUAAUAAGCGUUCUGAUGAACUUGAAGUUGGUGUUGAUUUAUCUUCAUGUGCUGAUGUUCUUGUGAGCGAGAUAUUAGAUUCAGAAUUAUUGGGUGAGGGGCUUAUACCAACCCUACAACAUGCACAUGACAAUUUGUUGGUGGAAAACCCUCUUACUGUACCUUAUCGAGCAACUACUUACGGACAGCUAGUUGAAAGCACAUUUUUAUGGCGAUUACAUGAUUUGCAUAGUAAUGAGGCUGGUGCAUCUGAUGGCAUUCGACUUACCCCUCCUGGACUUGAAAGUGUUUUAAGUGUUAAACGUCAGCAAUAUGCCAUGCAUGUUGAUCCAAUAGGAGAAGAACUGAAACCGCUUUCAGAACCCUUCAAAAUUUUUGAAUUUGAUUUUUGGAAACGGCCAGAGAGUUAUGGAGAAACUGAGUUGUGCAUAAAUGCAACCGAUGAUGGCAGAGUUCAUGCUGUUGUCUCCUGGUGGGUACUUCAACUUGAUCGUGAAGGAACAAUUUAUUAUUCCACUGCUCCUAGGUGGAUAAGAUCACCAACAACUACAAGUCCUGUUGAUUGGUGUGACCACUGGAAACAGUGUGUUUGGUUUGUUCCAGGAAGUGGUAUAUCCGUAUCUAAAGGGGAAGAAAUUCAUUUACAUGCUACUCAUAAUGAUACCAGUAUCUCGUAUAAUCUAGAUACCCAAGUGUCAACAAAUGAGGAUUUGCAUCGUGGUUUAACAACCGGAGAUUUUCAGCUUGUACUUCCACCAGAAAGGGCUGCAAUCUAUGGAGACAAAGGAUGGAGGCUUUCGAUGUUGAAAGCAGUAGAAAGUGUGUUGCAGGGAAGACGUCCCUCAUUAUGCUUGGUUGCAGAUGAUAGUGUGUUUUUACCUCUUCUUGUAGCAAAGAUUUCAGAAGCAUCACAUGUAAUAUCAUCUUUUCCCAGGCUGAAGGAAAAUGGCCUACGAUAUUUGCAAGCCGCUGCCUGUGCAAAUAAUAUUUCACCUAAUUCCAUAGAAGUUGUUGGAAAAGGGGUGAAAAAGUUAACCAUGCAUGAUACAAACCAGAAAAAGGUUGACCUCUUAAUAGCAGAACCUUUCUAUUUUGGACAUGAUAGCAUGCUUCCAUGGCAGAACCUGCGGUUUUGGAAGGAUCGUACAACACUCGAUUAUAUCCUCUCGGAAGAUGCUAUAAUAAUUCCGAGUAAAGGAAUUUUGAGGGCUUGUGCCAUCCAUCUUCCUGAUCUUUGGAAAAGUCGCUGCUGCUUGAAUAAGAUAGAAGGUUUUGACCAUUCUGGUGUAAACGCUACAUUGGGAGCUUGUGGUCAUCUACCUAAAUCGGAAGAGGGUCCUUGUCUGCCGUUUUUCCCUUGGCAGUCUGGAGAAUUUGAUGUGCUUAGUGAGACUUUUGAUGUGAUGGAGUUUGAUUUCACAAAACAAAUAUGCAAAUGUCAAGGAAAAUCCCAGGUUAAAUUCACCAAAACCGGAGUAUGCCAUGGGUUUGUGCUUUGGAUUGACUGGGUGAUGGAUUUGCAAAAUUCUGUUGUUAUAUCAACUGGUCCAGAUAAAAGAUAUUGGAAGCAGGGGAUAAAGCUUCUUGCAACACCAAGAACUGUAGGACCCCAAGUAUCUACAAGUGUUCAAGGAUGUUGCUCUGCAGCAGCACUUGAAGCAUUUUUUAAUCCAUCAAAUGGGGAACUCAAAAUCAUACUUGAUUUCUUAUGAUACUUUUAUACAGAAAAGUUUCCAUCUAGCAUCCAAACUACAUGUAUGUUGGAUUCCAUUUUGGAGGUAAAAUUAAUUCUAAAAGGUGUAGUAGAAUUAACCGUGACAUGUUUGAAUUUUUUUUUAGUAGAAUUGAUUGAUUUCACCUUCAUAA